AUGGGGCCUAGCGGGCGAUCUCCGCCUCCUGAGGAGGCACGUAAUGGUUGGGGGGCCCCCUCUGAUGAGGCAAGAAAUGGUUGGGGGGGCCCACCCUCCUCUAAUCUGCCACCAUCAGCAGAUCUCCCCUCAAUUCCUGUAGAAGCUGCAGCAACACCCAGGGGCACACCAGCAGCAACAACUGCAGCAGCAACAACUGCCGCAGCUACACCAGCAGCAGCGACAGCAGGAGCCGAUACUGCCCGUGCACCCAUCGGCGGCAAUGACGAGUCGCAGCAGCUUCCUUCCCCUCCUUCUCAGAGUAACAAUAGUAGUAACAACAAUAAUAACAAUAUUCAGCAGCAAGAGCAGCAGCAACAACAGCAGCGGCAGCAGCAGCACCAGCAGAGGCCUCACACGGGUCGAGUUGAAUACUCGGUUGCCUUUGCAAACCGCAGCAGCAGCUCCUUCGAUUCAGGUAGAAGGGGUGUAUCUUCCUUAGCAGCAGGAGCAGCAGCAGGAGCAGCAGCAGGAGCAGCAGCAGGAGCAGCAGCAGGAGCAGCAGCAGCAGCAGCAGCAGCAGCAGAUCGUUCAAAUGGGGUAGCUCCUGUAGAUAUAUCUGUGGCUGUGGGGUCUGAGAGUGCUCCUAGCGAGAGCAGCAGACGUCGUAGUGCUCACGACCGGGAUCGGGAUCGGGAUCGUGACCGUGAUAGGGAUCGUGAUGGCCGUUUCCUCGGUUAUGCGCAUCGUGUUGAUUCACGUCCUGCUGCUGCCCGUUUUCCUGCUGCUGGCCACCAGAAGCUGCUGCUGCAGCAACUUCAGCAGCAGCAGCAGGCGGAGGCCCUACAUGCCCACAGUGUCGUAACUAAUGGCAGGGGCACCGAGGGGCCCCAAGAGGGGGGGCCCCCUGGGGGUAUCUGUAAACGCAUGGCUUCCUUAUGCGAGUCGUUCUGGUGCUGCAACAGAGCUGCCCGUAGACGCAACAUUCUGCAGCAGCAGCAGCAGCAAGCAACAGCAUGGCAGCAGCAGCAGCACCAGAAGAACGACGAUACAGCAGAGCUUCCUGCUGCUCGUGCAUUCUCAGGGGAGUUAACGGGUAUAAGGGCUCCUGUGGGUCCCCCUAUGGGUACCCACGGGUCUGGUGGUCCAUCCGGGGGUCCACCAUUUGGGGGCCCCCCAUAUGGGGGCCCCCCAGACACCGCAGAAGGGGGUUUACCUGAGGAGGAUGCAUCCGUGAUUCCUCGUCGUUAUGUCUCUGAUGAUGUCUCGCGUUUUUGGUUAACUUAUAAUAAGAAUGCUGGAGGUCGUGGUGCUUUAUCUGCUGCUGCUGCAGCAGCAGCAGCAGCAGCAGCUCCAGGGGGUUGUGGUAGAGGAGGGGCAUACGGAGGGGGUUUAGUUCGUGGUGGUUCAUCAGGUACCCCAGCAUGGGGCCCCCCAUCGAUGAUGGGGGCCCCCCCACGUAUGCUGCUUCGUCACAGCAGCGAGGCGGAGGCGUCGUAUGGUUGGCCAUCGUUCCCUUAUACCCCCCAUCAGCAGCAGCAGGUGUCGUCUGCUAUGCUGCUAGCAGCAACAACGCUAGAUUUAUACGGAGGGGACGUGUCUCCAUCAGGAGGGGGACUAGAGGGACGAUUAAGGGAGCUGCUGCAGCGGGUAGAGGGGGGUAGUCGUUAUGAUGGUGGUGUAUGGGGUGCAGAUGGUGGAGGUGUCUCCUGGUUAAUGAUAGUAUUAACAUUUGCUGGGGGUAUAUUCAUACUAGAGGCACCAGACCCAGCAGCAAAUUACCUAUCUGUAUUUGAUUUAUGUUUCUAUGCAGUAGUAACAGUAAUGACUGUAGGUAACAGCAGACCAUAUGCAUUAGCUGGUGGUAUAGGUGGUGUACAACAAGGUCUCAGCAGCAGCGGCAGCAGCAGCAGCAGCAGCAGUGGCUGCGGUGGUGGUGGUGGUGUAACAGCAGCAGCAACAGCAGCAGCAAUAAUACACACACUAAUCCUCAUCAUCAGCAGCAACAUCAUCAUCAUCAUCAUGGACAUAGAAGUCAUUCACCAGAUGCACCAGCAGCAGAUGCAGCAGCAGCAGCAGCAGCAGGAGAAUUACCUGUAUAUGCAGGUGUCUCCUUUUUGUCUCCUUUGUGGUGUAUAUGCAGCUGGUCGGUCUCCGUUUAGACGUGUACAAGGAGACAUUUCUUCCUUACGAUGGAGACAGAAGCUGCAGCCGCUGCAGGAGAGUCCCUCUUUGCAUUCUAUGGAGGAUAGUUCUGCUGCAUCUGCUGCAGCAGCAACGCAACAAACCCCUGCACAAACAGUUUCCUUUGAAGCAGCAGCAGCAGCAGCAGCAGCACCGGGGGGGACAGGAGCACCACGGUCAAGUCUAAGGAGCAUCAGCAGACAAAUACCAUCAGUAGAGUCUCUACGCAGCAACAGCUGUGGCAGCAACAGCAGCAGCAGCAGCAGCAGCAUGGGUGGAUCUGGCGGUAUUGUAUCUUUUGCUCUAUGUGGACGUACAGGAGGUCCUGCAGCACCAUCCGGUUGUCCAUCAGCAGCAGCACCACCAGCAGCAACAGCAGCAGCAGUUAAUUCCUUACAGCAGCACCACCACCAACAACAGCAGACCCCACCAUCACAACAGCAGCAACAGCAACAGCAGCAGCAACAACAACAACAACCUCAACAACAACAGCAACCUCAACAACAGCAGCAACAACAACAACCCCAACCGCAGCAACAGCAGCAACAGCAGCAGCAGCAUUUAGGGGGCCUCCGUGCAGUAUUAUCCUUAGGAGAGGCACGUAAUACAGUAUAUGAGUCCCCAGGGGCCCCCCUAGUCCAACUGCAGCAGCAACCGCAGCAGCAGCAGCAGCAACUGCAGCAACAGCAGCAACAGGGGAUUGGAUCUGCAGAUAAGAAUUCCGCUCUACUUGAUCCCUCAUUACAUUCGCCAGCAGCAGCAGCAGACACAGAGGCAUUCCUCCUGCUGCAGCAGCAGCAGCAGCAGAAUGUACCUAGAGGUCUCUCUUAUUUUGGCGCCCUUCUUCCGAGGCACAAAGACCCGCAAAUCUUCCUCGACCUCAAAGACUACUGCGACUUCACAAUGGCGGAGACCCCAAAUUACGAAUCGAAUCCUUACGUCCGCCCGCCUUGGCUAAGGUCUCUGUUCUUUGCGUCUGGAUAUGCAUGCGUUGAGGAGAUGUUUUAUGCGGGAGUGGUGCUCCGGGAAGGGGUUUGA